AUGAUAGGGCUGUGCCAGUGUGAUAAGGGCGCUGAAACUGCAGAUGACACGGCAGAAUCAAUACACACCACAGGAAGACUAAAGAAGUUACAGAACCUGGUUCAAACAAAGAAGGCACAUCAGAGUGGAGCUUGGAGAGAGAAGAGGACCUCUGAGAAUAACGAUCAUGUGGCAGAUGUGUUGAGUAACAACAAUCCAGUGCUAACCUGCAUCGGCCUGGGGAAGAGAGCAGAGAAGAAGCCCUCCAUGACCAAUCCAUCACCACAGCAGCAACAACAACAGCUGGCCAGAGAUGUCCACGAAGAUUCAGAAGGGGAAGCAGUUUGGAGUCCACAGCUUGGAAAUUAUCAGUGGUACCCAUUUGAGUGUCCGCAGACCUGGACUCCCUUCUACCACACCUGUCGCCAGCCUCGACACGAGCCGUCGGUGUGCGGCGGCACCUUGUCGCUGCCCCGGACCACAGAAUGGGAUCGCUUCGAGAGUUUGAUACAGGAACUGGACAGCAAACAGUCUCAUCUGUCUCCUCCACAAAUGAUUCGCUCCAUCACCGAUCUGCAGCUCUCACAGGACCCACUAAAGCAGGAGCAGAAAAGCGACUCAACCAAACCGAGGCUGCAGAGGAGGGACACGGAGACCUCAUCACACAGUGACGGGAAGCACGGCGAGGCCUCACCUGAGAAAACGCUGACAGCCAUCACUACUGGAAACACACAGAAAGAUGAAGCAGAGAAGAGGGAAGCUGGUGGGCAACCAUUUAGCAAAGGACACGGGCGGUCCAGUAACUCUGUGGAAAGCCUCUACAGCCUCAACAGUGGACAAAGUUCCUCAAGUGGCGUCACCAGUGGCUCAGGCUUCUCCAGUAACAGGGACAGUCUGAGGCUGGAGGACGAUCUAUUGUACACAAGACCGCUCUGUUGCAGAGCGAAAGUCCACACAGAUUUUGUGCCAAGUCCAUAUGACACAGAAUCCCUCAAACUUGAGGUGGGAGAUGUGAUCGACAUAAUCGCCAAGCCCCCCAUGGGAAUAUGGACCGGCAUGCUGAAUGGCAGAACGGGAAAUUUCAAGUUCAUUUAUGUGGAUGUGCUAACAGAGGAUGGCCCUCAUACGCACAUGGAAACACAAACCCACAGAGUGAGACAGAAAUCAACUGUCAAGGAAGUGUUGAAGCGCCUCAGUAUGGAGGAGCAUUUCUCAUCUCUACAGCUGAACGGUUACCAAACAGUGGACGACUUGAUGAAGCUGAGGGAGCAUCACCUGACGGAGCUGAAUGUGACGGAUCCAGGGCACAGGACUCGUCUGCUCGCUGCUGUCCACUCCCUGCAGCACCUGCACUCGGACAGUCAGUUGGAAAACGAGGCCGGUCAGGGGGCCGAGACCCCCGGCGAGAACAUGAAGGCAGAUAUGAACAACUGCCCAAGAGACUCCGGCUGCCACAUGCCAUCUGACAGUCCCGACAGCAGCACAGCGGACACAGACCUGCACUUUAUCUCUGAAUACCCAAUGCCAGCCGAGACGGCAGCUUCUUGA